AUGCCAAUAGAAAGUGGAAGUUGUGCAUCUGCUCGCCAGGCAAAGCAGAAACGUAAAUCACACAGUCUUUCAAUCCGAAGAACCAACAGUUCUGAGCAAGAACGGGCAGGACUGCAGAGAGACAUGUUGGAAGGGCAGGAUUCUAAACUACCAUCUUCUGUCAGGAAUACGCUUCUUGAACUUUUUGGACAAAUAGAGCGGGAGUUUGAAAACCUGUAUAUUGAAAAUUUGGAAUUACGUAGAGAGAUUGAUACACUCAAUGAGCGUUUAGCAGCUGAAGGACAGACAAUCGAUGGAGCUGAAUUGAGCAAAGGACAACUGAAAACAAAAGCCAGUCAUAGUACCAGUCAGCUUUCUCAGAAAUUAAAGACAACUUACAAGGCAUCUACUAGCAAGAUUGUAUCCAGUUUUAAAACUACAACAUCAAGGGCAAUCUGUCAACUGGUAAAGGAAUAUGUUGGCCACAGGGAUGGUAUUUGGGAUGUCAGUGUCGCGAAAACUCAACCAGUGGUGUUGGGAACUGCAUCUGCUGAUCACACUGCUUUGCUGUGGAGCAUAGAAACAGGGAAGUGCCUUGUCAAGUAUGUAGGGCAUGUUGGAUCAGUAAAUUCCAUAAAGUUUCAUCCAACGGAGCAAGUGGCUCUUACAGCAUCUGGAGACCAGACAGCUCACAUCUGGAGAUACAUGGUACAGUUGCCUGCACCUCAGCCAACUGCAGACUGCAAUCAAAUGUCUGGAGAAGAUGAAGUUGAGUUCUCAGAUAAAGAUGAACCUGAUGGAGAUGGAGAUGGUUCUAGUGAUUGUCCCACUGUCAGAGCCCCGUUAACUUCGCUGAAAAGCCAUCAAGGAGUGGUCAUAGCAGCAGACUGGCUUGUUGGGGGGAAGCAAGCUGUGACAGCAUCAUGGGAUAGGACAGCAAAUCUGUAUGAUGUAGAGACUUCUGAGCUUGUCCAUUCUCUUACAGGACAUGACCAAGAGCUAACACAUUGUUGUACACAUCCCACCCAGCGUCUUGUGGUGACAUCAUCACGCGAUACAACCUUCCGUCUGUGGGAUUUCAGAGAUCCUUCUAUCCAUUCUGUGAAUGUCUUUCAGGGCCACACAGAGUAAGUGACAGUUCCUUCACAGGUUUUUACAACUUCCAAAA